CUGCACGUGGUCGACUGGUGGUGGUGGUGGUGGUUGUUGUUGUGACGGGAGGUGUUAGGAGUGUAGUUAGAAUUCUGAAUAAUUAUUAGGUGAAAAUGUAUGGGCGUGGAGGAGGUGGUUUUGGAAGAGGAGGUGGUGGGAGAGGAGGUGGUGGGAGAGGAGGUGGUGGUGGAUUUGGCAGAGGACGAGGUGGUGGUGGUUUUCGUGGUGGACGUGGUGGUGGAGGAGGGCGUGGCUAUGAUCAAGGACCUCCAGAUGAAGUAAUGGAAUUUGGGUACUUUAUGCACACAGCUCAAGCAGACCUCGUGUGUAAAGUGACACAUAGAGAUGUUCCUUACUUCAAUGCACCAAUAUAUCUUGAAAAUAAAGAGCAGGUGGGGAAGGUAGAUGAAAUAUUUGGAACACCGAUGGAAAAAUAUGUGUCCAUCAAGCUUGGUGAGAACAUCAAAGCUAAAUCAUUUAAGAAUGAAUCAAAGAUAUAUAUCGAUCCAGCCAAAUUGCUUCCUUUACAUAUAUUCCUUCCUGGCAAUCAAUCAUCUAGAGGAGGAAGAGGUGGUAGGGGAGGAGGGAGAGGACGUGGUGGCAGAGGAGGUGGUGGCCGUGGAGGAAGAGGAUUUGGAAGAGGAGGCGGUGGUAGUCGAGGAGGAUUUGGCAGAGGUGGUGGUGGUGGUAGUUUUGGCAGAGGAGGUGGUGGUAGUUUUGGCAGAGGUGGUGGCGGUGGUUUUGGCAGAGGUGGUGGUGGUUUUGGCAGAGGUGGUGGCGGCGGCGGUUUUAAAAGAUAUUAAAAGGUUAUUAUUACGAAACAUAUUUGAGUUUGUCUUUCAGAUUUUGUACCAACUAGGUAACCUGGCUGGAUCUAGGGGGUUAUAUAAAGGUCAUUUGCUACAAUGGUUCAUAAUCUCUCCUCUUGUAAAAAUUAAUAUAGUACCACAAGCAAGGACUGAGGUAGCCAAAUCUUCUUAAGGUAUAAAUUUUAUUAAGCAUGGUGUACGUACAAAGAAAACAAGUAUCGUAAAUCUUAAACCCAUUAUAAUAUCGCAGUCCAGUAUAUUAUCUGAAAACCAUAAGUUAAAUUAUAAGGAUCCCUCAAAAUUAAUAUUAUUAUUCCCUUCAUUAAUAGAAAGAAACUAAAGAGGUACUGUAUGUACACACUCAAAAAUGUAUCUUUACAGACGGGGUCAAAUGAAUUUCAAAAUGAACACCGACUCCUGUUGUCUUCGUAGAGUCGUCAGAAUCUUACAGUCUUUGUCAUAUUGUUAAGCACAAAAUCUUUAAAGAUAUUUUUUUGGAGCGUAUGUACAUGUACAGCAAUAGCAUCAGUAAUAUGAAUGAUAAUUAUAUCAAGCUGAAAACAUGGCAAGCUACAUGGCAGCCCAAACAACCAUGUAUGCUUUGAAAGUUUAUACUGUAAUGAGGUUUCCUAAUGGAGCUCACCAGCUAAUAAUGGUACUGUACCUCUGAAUAUACCAGGGCACUGCUUAGUAAUAAAAUACUAAUCAAAAUGAAGGAAAGGGAAAGAAAUUGUGAGAAUAUUUGAAUUCAUAAGAAAGCAGCUACCAUCAUUACUCCCUCAAAAUCCGACUGAAAUUUACCGAUAUAUCCUGUACUGUAUGAGCCAUUGUUGAGUGUAAAUAUUCCACCACAAUGACCUGUACCUUACCAAAUGUAAUUAGAGUAAUAUCUCCGUUAGCCAGAAUCCCUCAAACCCGGAACUCCGAUAGCCGGAAUUGAAAUUUUCCAGGGGGCACAUUUUCCGGAAAAAUCCUAGAAACUUUUUCAUAUACCCGGAAAAUUCCGGGGAUGGGGGGAGUUUUUUUCUGGGUUUAGAGAUGAAAAUUAGGUAAAUUUUCUGGAAGUUCCAAGGAAAAUUUUCCGGUACCUGGAAAAUUCCGGGGAUGGAGGAUAUUUUUGGGGGUUCAAGAGAUGAUCUAAUGGGCAAUUUCUGGAACUUCCGAGUACAUUUUCCAUUACCUGGAAAAUUCAGGGGAAGAUUGAUUUUUCCGGCUUUGAGAGAGUCGUCUCGUUACCAGGAAGUGCUCUGCACCAAUUGUUCCGACUAACGGAGAUAUCACUACACUUUUAAUGUUUGUCAUAACUAAAAGAGCAUAUUACUGUAUAUAAUUAUGACAUGAUAUUUUAGGAUAUACACAAGUCAAUGUAAUAAAUAUAUCGACUGCCGAACAUUGUACAAUUUAAUUAUACUGUAUUAGUGAACAUUUUCCAAAACACGAUGGAAAGUCGACUUUAUCAGUGUUUCAUAUAAAGCAUCAUGUUAUGGUUUGUAAUGUGAAUGAGUAGGGUGAUAUAUUAUCUGCUAAGAUAUACAGUUGUUGUAAAUUGUGUAUUUUAAGAUUAUUUACAUACAUGUUUUUGAUAUCUUAUUUUGGAAUAUCUGUGUAUUUACAUAUGAUUUUUAAAACAAUAAUUAAGAUAUUGUU